AAAUUUCGGUGAAAUGGAUUCUGGGAAGCUGAAAUAGACACAGAAGAGAGAGGUACUGAGAGAAGGUUUUUUUUCUUGCAAAUAUGGCUGCACCAUGAAAAAAAUGAAAAGCCAGUUCGAGAAGCAGAAGGCGGCAGGUCGUCCAUCUCAGAGGGGCUGAGGGCAAGACCUUACGUGCAGCCACCCCACAAAGAUCUGAUCCGGAAACUGAUGCCCCUUCUGUAACACCAUCCAUAGCAGGAUUAAAUACACACACAAAAACAGAAACAAGAGAUUGCAAAAGCUUACUUGCCAGUCUUAAAGAGAAGAGAAGGAAUGUAAAACCAAUUUAUUCAUCACUAUUUACAACCCGUAUUAAUAUAAGGAAAUUGUAAGCAGUCACGUAUCAUUGGAAAAAAAGAAGGGGGCAAAAAACGGAGAACAAAGGAGCAAGCCACAAUUAAAUGGAUAGGAAUUACCCAACCGCUGGUUUUGGGGAUCCUCUAGCUGCGGGUGCAGGAUGGAGCUACGAAAGGACAGCAAAAGCAAGUUUGGUAUAUGGUGGGUCAAGAAGCUCCCAUCCCGAGACAGACAUUCUGCACAGACAGGCAUAUGCUACACCACACCCCCUACAAGGUUAUGCGACCAACCAUCAUCCAGCAGGGUUGUCUGGUCUGUUUGAAACAGGACUUCAUCAUGCCAGCAGUGCUACACCAGAUGCCUCUGUCAUGAAUCUCAUCUCUGCUUUGGAGUCCCGUGCUCCUCAGCCUGGCCCUUCAGCCUCUUCUCUCCUCUCCCAGUUUCGUACUCCUUCAUGGCAGACAGCCAUGCACACCCCAGCCCCAGCAGAGCUCUUCAUCUCCGGAGCCAUUCCAACAUCUGGGACCUUUCCUUCUUCUUCAGCCCUUUCAGCGUAUCAACAUCCAGCAUCUUUCAGUGGGCGGAGCUUCCCUGUAACUUCAUCAUUAACUCUACAAGAUGCAACCUUCAGUCCCACUUCUAAUGGACUUUUGUCACCUCAUGAUCCUCUGUUGCACAUCAAGUCCUCACAGUCCACAGUUCCAUCAUCUUUGAGCUUUGAUAGACUUGGCAGUGCAGUUUUGAGUACCGGUUUGCCAUCCCAGAGCUCAGCUUACCGCAGUGCCCAGGAAUCCGCUUCAAGACAUCUACCUUCCCAGUUUAACCUGCUUUCUUCCCCUUUGGGGCCAACAGAGCAGACUUCACAACUGUACAAUGCAUCUGUAUUCUCAAGUUCACCAGCCUCAUCCAUUGAGAGGGCAAUUCCACGUCAGGACAGCGUCAUCAAACACUACCAGCGCCCUUCCAGUGCUCAGGCUCAGUUGCCUUCUGCUGCUGCCCAUUCUUUGCAGCACUAUUUGAGCUGUGGUAGCAGCUAUCAGCAGAUGCCACAUCGAUCAACUUUGUCUUGCAGCCCUUUGGGAGACCAGUCCCCAGUAAGCAGUGAAGGGGCGCAACAAAAGAACACACAGGCACGACAGGAGCAGUCUCAGAGUUAUAGGCCUAUUAUUCAGUCAUCUGGUUACUCUACGUCUUCAUCAUCAAAUAAAUCCAAGAGCUAUUCUGCUUCCAGACAGACUCCCCGCUCCACUGCCACUCCAAAGUGCCAAAGUAUUGCCACAACAGGGCAGACUCACAACUAUUCUUCCUCUACACCCAAACCUAGUUCUGUUAUUGCAAGUCAGCCUCAAGCAUAUUCACCCGGACAGCCUCAAAACUUGCUUUCUUUGAGUCAGUCACAAAGUUACACAGUUUCACAGCCACAGAACCUUUCUGCAGUCACUCAGUCACAAGGUUUUACAUCUAGUCAGGCCCAGGAUUUAACAAGUGCAAGCAAAUCCCAAAAUUACAGCACCAGCCAGUCACAAGGCCUUCAGACUUGUGUGAGCCAAAAUCAGAAUUAUUCACCUGAUAGUCUUCAGGGUUUGUCCUCUGUUGGCCAGAUUCCAAGUUACAGUGUCCAGACAGAGCCUCAUGUUUCUGUCAGUCAGCCUCAGAGCUAUGUACCUACUCAUUCCCAAGGACUCCCAACUGCUAGUCCCUCUCUUAGCUAUUCUACUUGUCAUUCACCUGCUAUGUCCAGUCAUGGUCAGUCUAUUGGCUACUCCUCUGUUAGCCAUGGCCAAAAUAUGCCUGAUUCUAGCCCAUCUCAGAUAAUCAGGCCAUUGCAGUCUCCCAGUUCAAACCGAUCUCAGAGUGUUGCUUCACCAGGACAGUCACAAAAGUAUUUAACUUCGGUUCUUUCACCUUCUUUCAUGACAUCUUCACAAAGCUACCAAGGUUCACAACCAAGUCUGGAAAGGACACCAUCGUACAGCAAAACAAAAUCUGAUUCUGAUCUUCUUUCAUCUGAAAGGACAGAUGAUGAGGACUUCCUUAUUCAGCAUCUGUUGCAGUCUCAGAGUCCUCCACGUGUAUCCUCAGAAAGUCUUGCAGAAUGUGAGGAUCGGACACCUAAGAAUUUGGUUUAUGAUAUGGCAAAAACUGAAGAACGGUAUCACCUUCAAAGUGUUAUAAGGACUAACUCCAACAUAGAAACUCAGGCAUUAGAACUUUCUCUGCAAAGCUUGAAGGAGAAGAAGAAAAGUGACCGACCUAAGGAGUAUGCACAUAGAUCAACUCCUGAAGCUUUAGUGACAUCUGUUGUUCAUUAUACCCACCAGGCUGGAUCCAUGGAGUCUUUUGGUCAGGAUAUCAAGAAGUCUGUUGAGCACCUUCAGACUUCACAUAUGGACACAACCAGCAAAGAUUUAAAUCAGGCACACAGUUACUUACAGAAGACACCAGAGCAUGUUUCACAGGCUCACCGAAUGGUAGCAGAGACUCAGUCCAUGGAGACUCACAGCCUGCUACAAUCCCAACAAGGCACUCCAAUGAUGCUGGAUGGCUCCCCAGACUUGCCACUAUCUCUGACUCACCAACCUACAACACAGCAGUCACAGUUACUACAGUCUGUGCUCACUCACACUCAAAGCCAGCUGCAGGCUCAUCAAAGGAAAGUUCAGACACCAAUGGAUGUUCACUUGCUGGAUUCCCAAAGAAUUCAGGCAGAGGCACAGUCUCCACAACUUCAGAUGCAGCUCCAGUCCCAGGCUUUAGAGGCUCACUUACAGUCACAGCAGAUGCAAGCCCAUGUUCGAUCCCAGUCCUUGGAUGUCCACUCACGCUCUCAGUCAAUGGAGGCUCAGCUUUUAGAUCCCCAUCAAAUGCAAACAGACCAGCAAUCUCCCCAGCUGCAGGCACAGAUGCAGCCUGACCGCAUGCAAGCUGAGUUACAGCCUGAAAGAAUGCAAGCUGCCCUUCAGCCUGAGGCCAUGGAAGUUCUUCCCCAAACUGAAGCAAUGCAGGCCUUGUCGCAACCCCAGGAGAUCCAGGAUUUCUUGGAACCAGACUUAAAUUUAGAGUCACAUCUUGGCCAGACUGCAAGUGUACAGUCUCAGUCACAUCUUCUGCCAGAUGGUGGGGAGUCAUUGCAUCUAGAUGGUGAGUCAUCACAACAAGUUCCUCCAGCACAGAUGGAGCCAAAGAAUCAAUUUGAUGCUCCAAGCCCUCAAAACUCUAAGCAACGGUUUGUUCCCCUUACUUCUAUUUGUUUCCCUGAUUCCCUUCUCCAUGACGAGGAACGCAGUUUUUUUCCUGGGAUGGAAGAUAUGUUUUGUCCUCCACCUUGUGGUAAUGACGAAUUUUCAAAACCUGCAUGUAGUGAGGAUGACAGUCAGUCAAUGGACAGGAAUGAUAGUAUCAAAUCAGGAUAUGAGAUGAUGCAGACAAGCCAGAGUUACUCAAGCUACUGCACUUCAGAAAGCAGUGACAAUCAACAGAAUGUCCAUUUGGGCCUUGACUCUGUCUCUGUGAAACAUGAGUUACCAUCUACUGUGAACACAGAACAGCUGGGUCUUAUCCAGUCAACUCAUGUUCCAACAACCACUGAGGUUAAAACAGGGUUAACUUCACCUAUUUUCUGCUCUUCCAAGCCCAAGAAACUCUUAAAGACAUCCUCUUUCCACCUCCUAAAGAAACGAGAACCUUCUUUCCAACCUCCAAAGAAGAACUAUGCUCAGGAGUAUGAGUUUCAGGAUGAUGAGGAUAAGGAGGAUGUUCCAGCUGACAUACGACUGAACAACCGUAGGCUUCCUGAUUUGUUGCCAGACUUAAUCUCCAGCUGCCGGACUAGGCCAAACAUUAGUCCCAUGGGGGACAUUGACUUCUGCCCACGAAAUAAUGCAGAAGGCCCCAAGAGGAGGGGCAGGAAGCCUUCAAAACCCAAAAGGGAGGGUCCUCCCAGGCCAAGGGGCAGGCCAAGGAUUAGGCCGCUGGUGGAACCCCAGGGGGUGGCGCAGGAAGGCACAAAGAAACCAAGGGGGCGAGGGAGAGGCAGAGGAAAGAAGGUUGAAGCAGGACAUGAGGAACAUGGAUUGGAGCCCAUAAAACCGAUUAAGAUCAAACUGCAGUUGCCCAAAGGAAACCAGCCUGCGCAGAUACAGCCGGAAGAGCCACCGCAGUCCGAAAAUACCCUGGACAGUACUCAAACACGCGAGAAGAUCAAGCAAAAGAUCAAGGAGGUUGAAGAAAAGCAGCCAGAAAUGAAGUCUGGUUUUAUGGCUUCUUUUUUGGACUUUCUCAAGUCAGGGAAGAGACAGCAGCUGCCUUCAGCUACAAGCCCUUCUAAAACAAGGCCUUCCUCAUCACAGAACUCCUCUCAGUCAUCCUUUGGCAUGGCAUCUCAGAUGCUCGCUAGUAGCCUAGAGGGCACGGACAGUGAUAGCCUGGCAGUAAUGAGCUGUACGAGUCCUUGCAAACGACUGGAUGAGGAGCUGAAGCGCAAUUUGGAGACACUGCCAUCCUUCUCAUCUGAUGAGGAGGACUCUGUAAGUAAGAACCAGGACUUACAGAAAAGCAUCUCUUCUGCAAUCUCAGCUUUGUACGACCCUACAGAUCGGAAGGAAAUAGAAAUUACAGAUGCUCCACCGGUAGAAGAAAAGGAGACCGUCCAAUCUCCGUCUGAGCCAUCACAACCUGAACCAGCUGCGCCAUUAUCUCCCACCUCACCUUCUCCUUCUCCUUCUCCUCAAGAGACCUCAUUUGAGGAAACCCUUGAGCAGGCCUCCCCAGAUCAAGAGGAACAAGAGGACUCGCAGCCUUUACACCUAGCGAAAAAACAAGAGACUGCAGCCAUCUGUGGUGAAACUGACGAAGAGGAUGUGGAGAGUGGAGGAGAAGGCAUAUUCCGAGAGAGGGACGAGUUUGUUGUUAGAGUUGAAGAUAUUAAGUCCCUGAAGCUUGCAUUACAGACUGGUCGAGAGCCACCGCCUAUCUGGAGAGUACAGAAGGCCUUACUACAGAAGUUCACACCAGAGAUCAAAGAUGGACAGAGGCAGUUCUGUGCAACCAGCAAUUAUUUAGGGUAUUUCGGAGAUGCCAAGCACCGGUACCAACGUCUGUAUGUGAAAUUCUUGGAAAACAUUAACAAAAAAGACUAUGUAAGGGUUUGCUCCAAGAAACCCUGGCACCGUCCUGUAUUGUCACUGAGAAGACCAAACCAGACAAAGCCAGUUCCAAGCAAAGCCCCACUGUUGGUACCAAAGCCAGAAAAAGUGGAGCGAGUAGAAAAAAUGGACAUAACAGAGAAGAUAGAGAAGGUUGAAAGACCAGAAAAAGUAGACAAAGAUGAAACUAUGGUGAAAGUUGAACCAACAGAAGUAUUAGAAAAACCAGAACCAGAAGAGAAAAUUGAAAAUGUGGAAAAAAUGGACACACCAGAUGUUACUGAAAAACCACCAGUGCUUGAAAUGGCUGAACAAACACCAAAGAUGGAGAUAACAGAGCAACCACCACAGCUGGAGAAAUCAGAAUUGUCACCAAAACCAGUGGAGGCAGAGAAAUUACCUGAAACUGAAAUAAUUGAGAAGCCUCUUACAAUAAUAGAGAAGGCUGAUGUGCCACCGAUUCCAGAGCAGGAGGACAUAUCAAUAAAACCAGAAAAGGCUGAGAAGCCACCUAAACUAGAGAAGACUGACAGACCACCAAAGCAAGAGAAGGUUGAAAAACCUCCCAAACCAGAGAAGCCUGAAAAGCCUCCUAAACAAGAGAAGCCUGAAAAGCCUCCUAAACAAGAGAAGGCAGAGAAGCCUCCCAAACCAGAAAGGGCAGAGAAGCCUCCCAAACCAGAAAGGGCAGAGAAGCCUCCCAAACCAGAAAAGACAGAGAAGCUUCCCAAACCAGAAAGGCCAGAGAGGCUUCCCAAACCAGAAAGGCCAGAGAGACUUCCCAAACCAGAAAGGCCAGAGAGGCUUCCCAAACCAGAAAGGCCAGAGAGGCUUCCCAAACCAGAAAGGCCAGAGAGGCUUCCCAAACCAGAAAGGCCAGAGAGGCUUCCCAAACCGGAAAGGGCAGAGAAGCUUCCCAAGCCUGAGAAAACACCUAAGCCUGAAAAAGCUGCAAAGCUACCCAAACCAGAGAAGGCUGAAAGAACAUUCAAACCUGAAAAGGUUGAGAAACCACCCAAAUUAGAAAGAGUUGAGAAAGCACCCAGGCUGGAGAAGGUAGAGAAGCCUCCAAAACUAGAGAAGGCAGAGAAACCACCUAAGUUAGAGAAGGUGGAAAAACCACCCAAGCUGGAAAAAGUUGAGAAACCAGCUAAACCAGAAAAAGAAAAGCAAUCCAAACCUGAAAGGACUGAGAAGCUACCUAAGCCUGAAAAAGUAGAAAGGCCAGAACCACCCCCACGUCCUGCUCAAAAGCCUAGGCAAAAGCAGGCAAAGAUCAAAGCUGAACCACCGCCAAAGAAACGGAAAAAAUGGUUGAAAGAGGUUCCAUCUUCAUCAGAGUCUGACUCCUCACUUGACCCACAGAGUGAGGAAGAGGUGGAGCGUGUCCCUGCAGGCCGAAUUCUGAACACACGUGCAAUGAAAGAAAUGUAUCGGAGUUACGUAGAGAUGCUGGUUAGCACCGCUCUAGACCCAGAUAUGAUCCAGGCUUUGGAGGAUACUAGUGAUGAACUGUACCUGCCUCCUAUGAGAAAGAUUGAUGCAGUAUUGAAUGACCACAAAAAGAAGAUACUGAAGAAAAUCUCCAUGAACUCUUCAUUACAGGACGCUCUUCACUCAUUUUCUCAGCUCACAAUAGAGCCAGGGGAGAUGACAGAUAGGUUAAAGCUGCGAGGGGAACCCUAUAAUCGCAAAACACUCAAUAAGUUAAAAAAGAACGUACCAAGACCACAGGACUUUAAGGUUGAGACCGAAAAAUCUGUUUUCUAUUCUUUGUAUCAUUCCUUACAUCACUACAAGUACCACACCUUCCUACGCUGUAAGCAAGAGACUGAUGCUAUCCAGCAACAGAAUGACGACCUUGGACAGGAGGAGGUGGUCCAGCAGUGUAUGAGGAACCAACCAUGGCUCGAAAAACUGUUCGACUCUUUCACAGACCUCCUUACACAGGCACAACAAAAGUGUGCAUGAUGCAAAAAAGAAAAAAAAAAAUGAAACCUAAAUUAAAACAGUUAAUACAGAAGCACCCUGGGGAUUUCAGCAGUUUCCUGGAGUGCAAGAAUUAACCCUUCUGCUGUUAGACUUUGACCAUAAACCAGAAUGACAUUUUUAAAAAAAGGACAAAAAAUAAAAAAAAAAUAAAGAGAGAAAAUGAACUAGUGGUGCUACAGUGAGCACAGCAUGCAAACGUCAGAGGUUAAUUUGUGGGCAUCCGUUUUGUCCCCAUCUUACCUUUCUUCAGUCUCAGAGCGCAAUAGGUUUUUGAUUUUUUUUUUUUCCAUACAGGCCAUCAUUCUUCAUGUAUGUUUAAGAACUGACACAAAUAUUGGGGAGGAAAAAGUGAUCUUGCACAUUACUUCCUGUUUCUCAUGUUUUUGUUUUUAAUUAGUGCAGAAUAUACCCUGCAAGCGUAAAUCAGAUUUUCAUCUGUGGAGAUGACCUGCCUUACAAAUGCAACAGCAGAAUUUGACCUCCACCCAGAUGAACAAAUGCCUGGAUUGCCAGACAUCAAUAUUUAUUUAGAGUUGUGUGUAAUAAAUAAAUUACAGAAAAAAAAUCAAAGGAAACUGAAGCUCUCAUUUUCAAAGUUUUUUUUUUUGAAAAAUUACUCUGGCAAGAGACUGAGAUCGCUGCAAGUGGAAUCUGAGCAAGAGGAAAGAAACUGACGUGCAUGCAUUUUGUAGCGUGUCCAGUUGUGAGCAGUAGCAGCAUGCAGAUGUUUCAAGUCUCAGAGGCACAGCAGCAGACAAUUACUGCUGUUGCUUCUCUGCAGAAUUUUAGUAUUUCCACUUGUCACCCCAGUCCUGAAAGCAAACUGACAGAACCAACACUGGAACCAUGAAAGACUUCCUUCUUGCCUUGUUUAUUUUAUUUUAGUGCAGCGCUUUUUUUACCCUUAUAUUGUCAGUGCUUUGUUUGUUUUUUUUCUUUUUUUUUUUUUUUUAAUCUUUGAAUGUAUCAGUGUUCCUGUUACAAAGGGAGCUCUAAUGCCCCAUGGUACAGUUUAAAAAUGUAGCCUGGAAAUUUUAAAGCUCCAUGUGUUAAACAUUCAAAAAGUGCUGAUGACCAGAACUGUAACUAUAGCAUGUUCUGUAAACAGCGUCAUCUAGACAUUGAUAUGUGUGGCAUUAUGCUAAAAAGGGUACGGCACAGAGCUGUUCACUGACUGUGUUUGUUGAGGUUCAGGGGUGAAACAUCCAUGCAUUAAGGUCUGCAUAAAUUAUCAGGUUUUAAAUAUUGUGGGAUAUCAUAAAGAAAAUAAGAAAGCCUAAUGAAAGUAUUAAAAAUGUAAAAAAAGGUGAGGUUUCUGUUUGACCGCCCAGAUACAGUGAAAGACAGAAGCAAACAUUUUGGGAUGUCAUCUGAGUGGAGUGUCUCAACAUCGUUAUCAUGUGGAUAGGGUGAUACUGGUCAUCCAUCAGCUGAGGAUGUCAGAAAUUCACAAUUUCAUACUUGAGACAGCUUCACCUGUGUUGAAAGGGUUUCUCUAGUCAUCUGGUUGAAGCACAACAUUGUCAUUUAAUGUGGGGGCCUUGUUCCAAGGGAACUGAAACCUAACUGCCUACUUUCCUACUCAGUGUCUGCAUUGUUAAUCUUAAUUUUCCCCCCACACAUCACAUCAUGUUUGGGAAGAAGGGCAAGUUCCUCUAAAACUAAGUUUUAGCUUGAAUAGUCCGCCCCUCCCCACCAAACAUGGACAUAAGCCAGCCAGUAGUCUUGGCUCAAGGCUGCCUGCACUGUCUACACAUGUUCAUAAAAAAAGCUGUUGCAGCUUGUUUGAGCUAACCAUUCGUUCCUGUAUCCUUGUGGAUUGUGAAUUGAGGAGAUGGGGCAAAAAUGAAUUUUGGAGACAUUAUCUGUGCAUUUUCUGUGCCCUCAAUGGAAUCAGUGAACAGCAGUGUCAUCUCUAGACUGUCCCUUUCCUUCGAUUUGUCCCGUCUUCACAAUGGCUCUGUUUUGUAUUUUUAUGACACAUAAUUGUUCUGAGUCAUUAACCUCUGUAGGUGAGAGUGCUGCUUCUAGAGAACAGCUAGCAUGACAAAUGUUUGUUUUUCCAGGUUUUAUACUAAAGAAAAUUGCUUAUCUAAAAGAGGCCUAGCUAGCAGAACUUUUAAUUUUUUCAUUCAUUUUAUUUAAUAUUAUUUAAGCACAUUAAAUGUGAUAUCAGCCCUGUACACCUCCCUCGAGAAAUCUGAUUCUGCAGUGGGAGGAGAGAGAGAGCAAGAGUGAACUCAACUUUUCUUAUUUGCCCUCUUUCCCCAUACAAAUCAUUAGUAACUGUUUUGUUCUCCUAUGUUUUGCUUUUAAAAUGGUUUCUUGCUGUACAUAUUGUAUAGGGAAAAAACAAAAGAAGAAAACAAGUCUUUAUGUACUAUAUUGUAUUUGAUUAUAUAACUGCUGGAUGAUAAUAUUCCAUAGCUGGGGAGUGUGUUCGUUUUGACUGGACCUUUAUUUAGUCACUUCUGUCCUGCUCAGCAUUAACUUCCAUCCCUACUGCUGAGUUGUGCAUUAAAGAGACUCACUCAUUCA